GGGCGCUGCCGGAAUCAGUGGGGAGGAGUGUGGGGGGCGGUCGGAAGCGGGAUACCGCCUGCCCUCGCUUCUCGCCGUGCUGCGCUACCGGACUCCUCUCUCCUCCUUCUUCCUCCCCUCAUGGCGGUGGAGCGCGCGGGUACGCGCCCCUCCCACUGCCCGCUCCGGCCUCCCCCUCCUCCUCCUCCUCAUUGUCCUGGUGCGGCGGCGGCGGCGGCCACGGGGCCCCUCCCAGCGGCGAUGUGACCGCAGAAACCUAACACUGAAGUAUUUAAGAAGUGAAUGCCUUUGGAUUUUGGAACAAAAUUGUGAGUUUAUAUGGAGGAAAUGCUUGUGGCUGUUCUCAAUCUCUCUUACAAACUGAUUUUGAUGUAAGUAUUUUUGGUUUCAGUGUUGCGUCAUCUUGUGUUGAGUAACAGAAAUUCUGCUGUUCGUUGAUCGAUGUGACAGUCUUUAGUAGUUUACGAGAUGAGUGAAACUCGUGGGAGAUAUGACUUCUGUAUUGGUCUGGUGUUGGCUAUGAGUUCCAGCAUCUUCAUUGGAGGAAGUUUCAUCCUGAAGAAGAAAGGCCUUCUCCGGUUAGCUAGGAAAGGCUCCAUGAGGGCAGGUCAAGGUGGUCAUGCGUAUCUUAAGGAGUGGCUGUGGUGGGCUGGACUUCUUUCAAUGGGAGCUGGCGAAGUAGCAAACUUUGCUGCCUAUGCUUUUGCACCAGCUACAUUAGUGACUCCUUUAGGAGCUCUCAGUGUUCUUGUAAGUGCCAUUCUGUCAUCCUUCUUUUUAAAUGAAAAACUUAAUCUACAUGGAAAAAUAGGGUGUUUGCUAAGUAUACUGGGAUCAACUGUGAUGGUAAUUCACGCUCCACAAGAGGAGGAAGUAGAAACAUUAAAUGAAAUGUCCCACAAACUAGGUGAUCCAGGUUUUGUGGUCUUCGCAACUCUUGUUGUCAUUGUGUCUUUAAUUUUAAUAUUUGUGGUGGGACCUCGCCAUGGACAAACCAACAUUCUUGUGUACAUAACAAUUUGCUCUGUAAUUGGAGCAUUAUCAGUCUCCUGCGUAAAAGGUUUGGGCAUCGCUAUAAAGGAACUUUUUGCAGGAAAACCAGUGCUGAAACAUCCUUUGUUUUGCAUUCUGCUGCUAAGCCUUAUUAUCUGUGUGAGCACGCAGAUCAACUAUUUAAACAGGGCUCUGGAUAUAUUCAACACUUCGAUAGUGACUCCAAUAUAUUAUGUCAUCUUUACAACAUCUGUUUUAACUUGUUCUGCCAUCCUUUUCAAGGAAUGGCAACACAUGGCGGCUGAUGACAUUAUUGGCACCUUCAGUGGCUUCCUGACUAUUAUUGUGGGGAUCUUUUUGUUGCAUGCCUUCAAAGAUGUUAACUUCACCCUAGCAAAUCUGCCCCUCUCUUUGCGGAAAGAUGAUAGAGUGGCAAAUGGUACUUUGCUGAGCACAUACGACUCCUUUAAUCAUGAUGAAGAAAGCUCUCCCUGUCUAGGUGAAAUCCAGUCCACGGAGAGUCUCUCAGCCAGGAGAAAUGGAAGUCUGUCAGCCUUCUGAAAAUAUCUACGUGUUACUUAAGAAAAGAACAAUUCUGUAGCUCUGGAAUAUUUUUUUCUGCUGUGAAAUGUCUGAGCUUGUCUGGAAAACCAUGUACUUUUUAACAGUAUAUGUAGACAAUCAUUAAUUUUUAAGUUGGAUUAGUUUGGUAAAGAACACUGAAGGGUUUUUUUUAUUUGCCUUAUUUUUACUUUAAAAAAUACUAAAAUGACCUCAGACCACAGUUGGUUUUGUUGCUUAAGUUAUGUGUAAAUACUUUCAUUUCAUUCUUCUGUUUUAAGAUGUAUUGCACUAAUGACAGUUUUAUCAAAAAUAAAUCGCUUUAUUUCUGCAUUGGUGGUAACAAGAUUGCAGUGAACCUGAAUCCUUUGUACUUGUGCCCUGGCUGAACACUGAGUGUUUAUAAACAAACCUAAACCAGGAACUGCAGUAAGUAUUCUUGUCCCAGUUUGUAAAACAGGAAAGAGAAAGCUACAACCAAGAGACUAAUCCUUUGAAAAUAUUGCCAUAUUAACUAAAGCCGUAUCCUAAAUUUGCAGGAUUUGCAUCAGAAAACCUCUACGCUUACCAAAUCAGAGGAAGUGGCAACUGCAACAACGCAGGAGCUUCUCUGUUUGUAGAGGUGAGGCAGUAGAUCCUGCCAUGCCAGCUUAUGCAGGAGGAAGGAUUUGAGUCAUAAAUAACAGCCAAAAAAGCUACUCCCUUUUCCGUAAAAGAGGUCAGGUUCUGCCUGUUUGCUGCACGGGCUCUGUAGAGCUCUGCUUUGUGCUUUUGCUGUUAGAGCUGAAACUCACAGAAUUGCAGUUUUGUUUUUGUGACAGUUACUGGCUGUGACACUGGAAGGUUAAAAAAGCAGGUAAAAAUGAAACAUAAUGGGGUGGGAAGGUGGGUGGUAGUUUUUUUAAGUUUGCAAAGGCAGAAAAUAACAAUGAGUGAUCUAAUUUGUGUAACAACCUUUAUAUUGUGGAUGUGAAGCUUAGAAAUUAGUUGGUGGGGAGACAGCUAAGUACUGCUGUAACUUCACUGUUGUGCUUACUGUUAAAAUAAUCUAGUUUAUUACCAGGACAAAACCAACCCCAACAGCUCCCACCUGCAAAAUCAAGUCUGCUGCCUUCCACUGGGUAGAUGUUGUGUAUGCAGGAGGGGCCAAGGUGUCAAGCAAGAAGAAGGUUUUUUUAAUUCUAGUUAAAGAAUGAGAUUUGAACUUCUACCUAAUUUUAAGAGAUACCAAUUACAUCAGCAACGCUCAGUUACGGAAGUACGGUCCUCUAGCACUUACGCAACAGAGAGCCCAGUAGCUAGGAGUGGCUGGAAAGAAGUCAAACUGCUGAGGAGUCACUGACCUGCCUGCCACGCUUAGUACCAGCCUAACCAAAGCACAGGUUAUGGUUUCAUACAGCAGAGUCUGUUGCUUGAUGUUGUGAUAGGUGCUUUUAUUUUCCACCCUGGCUGUUUUAGAGGUGAGAGGAUAUGAAUUGAAAAAAGUUACACCUUUUUGUGCACCUUGCUGGAUUUUUCCUUUUAGGUAGGAGAAGCAGUUGUACUAGGUGAAGAGUUUUUAACUCCCUUAAAGUCUAAUACCCUGUUGAAAAUGAAAAAAAUAGCUAAUUUUUUGAAAUGCAGAACAAGCAUCGCAUAGGAUUGAGGUCUGAAUCCUUUUAAACCCACGUUAACUAAAGGGGAAAAAAUAAAGUCUGUAUUAACACUGGUAGUUUAAGAUGCUAGAGGCCAUCUCUUCUACUGUUGCCAGUUAACCGGUAAGAAUUAGAAUUUACUUCACUCCAUGAUAAGUUAGUUUUAAAUAUUUCUUAAACAUAAAAUUCAGGCUUUACUGAUCAACCUUUUCUGCACCACAGUGCCAAGUCAAAGCCACAAGGUGUGUUGAGACUUACCCCUAAACUAAUGGUUAUCUCAAUAAAUUAAGAAAGAUUUUCAUUUCCUUAAUUGAAGCCUGAAGUGUAGGGACGUGUUUGGUUGGCUAUAAGUCUUCUUCAGACAGUGCCAUUAAGAACUAAAAAUCAAUGUUUCUUAAAGAAGACUGUAGCAAAGCACAAGCGUUUCCUACUUUUGUCUGCCCUGUGGUGGGCUCCCUUGUGUGUGCUUCCACUGCAACAGAGACCAUUUCAGAACAGCAGCUCUCAAGCACAGAUGUCUUGGGAGACCCUGUGGUAGUGGAAUGCUUAUAUAUUGGCAAAUCUCUGUCCUUUAUUUUACUGAGGAAUUUCAUCUCCUUUCUCGUUUCCUCAAAAUCCAGUUCCCUGCCACCCCGGUACCUACACCGUCAUCUCCUCCUGCAAACCUCUGCUGUCAGAUGCUCAUUUCUUCUCAUUCCUGGACUCAAGUCCAUUGCUGUGAUGAGUACAAAAAGAGCUGAGCAGGAAAAAAGCUGUGCUGUAACCUAACCUUGAACUAAUAAGAUGAAAAGGAAAAAAAAAUGGAUUCUCAGAAGCAUGCCUCCUUGGUUUCACACUAUGGGUUAGAAACAGUAACCAAAUAACAUUUCCAGAAAUCUGUAUCCCAGGUAAAAUUUGUAAUUGUCUGUGUCUGAACCAGAC